GUGUUUGUAGCCAAAGCUACCAAAGGGUUAACGAUAUCAGCGGAAGUAAGGCACCAGUGUUUACAACAAGAAAAAAGUUUCACGUAGGAAAGUACAAGAUGGGGACAACGGCGAGUCAACUUGGAAAGGAUUUGCUCUCAGAAUACCAAGAACUGACUUUUUUAACAAAACAAGAAAUUCUUCUGGCACAUAAAAGAUUCACUGAGCUGCUAACAAAAGAUGAGAAAGACCUUCCAAACGCCAGGGUGCCCAUGGAGAAGAUACUAACCCUUCCAGAACUCAAGUCCAACCCCUUUAGAACGAGAAUCUGCCACGUGUUUUCAACAUCUGAAGUGAAAGAUGGAAGCCUCACCUUUGAAGACUUUCUAGAUCUUUUGAGUGCUUUCAGUGACUCAGCUACACUGGAAAUCAAGUCCCACUAUGCAUUCCGUAUAUUUGACUUUGAUGAUGAUGGAACUCUAGACUGUGGUGAUCUGGAGAAACUGGUCAACUGCCUCACUGGUGAGACUGAUGACACGAGACUUACCCCUGAAGAGAUGAGACAGCUCAUCAACAACAUUCUUGACGAGUCUGACAUUGACAAGGAUGGAACUGUGAACCUCUCGGAGUUUCAGCAUGUCAUUUCAAGGUCACCGGAUUUUGUCAGUUCCUUCAAGAUUGUGCUGUGAAGAUGGAAAUUGAUCAUCUACCUAUAUUAUUUAAUCAGUUAUAUAAAGUAGUUAUUUGCUGUAAAUUACGUAUAUGGAUUUUAUUGGCUUUACUUUUAUAUGUAAAUCACCCCCACUUCUGAUUUUUAAAUCGCUCUCUAUUUCCAUAUAAAAAGUUUCACAAAAGCUGUAAUUUCACAUUUUUGAGCAUAUACAAAUACUUUAAUUCAAGUCUUAAAGUUGUCAGUUCCCUAUGGAUAUAGUACAAAGUCCAUGAUUAUCUAUAGGAUUCCAUAUUUAAGAGGCUGCCACUUCCUCCUUGACAACAGCAGCAAAAGUAUUCCACGUCCCACAUGUCACAUUGACGACACGCAUCUGUUGUUUCGUGAAGAACUCCACACGGUGCGGCUCGUCGGAACAGGAUGCCUCGUAUCCCAGCUGACCGUACUGACCUGAGGGGAAAACAAAGAAAUUGGCCCUUUUGUGUAUUAAAGUUUAUAUUGCUGUCACUGAGAAUAUUUGCUACACCAGUCCAGAGUCAGACUCAAACUCACCCCAUCCCCAUGUGUAGAGAUCACCUGCAGCUAAAUUGAGAAAGAUCACUUUGAAAACAAAAGUACAAAUCUGACCCACUCAUUUCAUCAGCACUUAUUGGAACCCAAUGCAUUGUAAAAAUGUCGUGUGUGUAGGUUUGGUAGUUUCAUCUUUUCAAUGCAGAAGCCAAAUUCUUUUGAAAGCGGUAGUCUUUGCUGGGGUCGGCCCGUGACAAUUUGUAGAGAAUCCACACACUGAUGACCGCAUUUUAAAAAAUAAAAAUUGAGAAACUUUUAUGCACUUAUAAUAAGCAAAACAAAAGAAUCAUCUCUCUCUUUCAAAUAACCACAUCGAACAUGGUUUCAGGGGGCUGUUACAAUGUCAAACCAGGUUUCAUCUAUAUCUGAUCCAGACUGUUCACCUGUCAGCAAUUUACAUUUGAGGAAAUUAAGUGUUUUAAAAAAAUAAAAAAAAUGUUGAGUAGAAUGUUGCAGGUGGCAGAUUUUCAAAAUGAGGUAUUUGCUCUUUGAAUGCUCUUAGACUCGUUUGUACUAAGAUUACAUGAACCCUCUUGUAAUGGAUUCUUCUAUUUUACUUAUUUUAAAGUUCGUGAGGUACUGUAAUACUACACCUGGGAACAAGAGACAUUAUUUAAAUGAGAAGGUUUGGUUAUCACUUGUUAAAAACAAAUUGUGGACAGCCUA